UGCUCUGGUCAUGUCCGGUCAUGUCACGUCUUUUGCAUUAUGUCAUCCGUAGAGAUUAAAAAGAACAACGAGCCUGCUUUUACGAGCAGAAAGUACAAAUGUGGGGAGUGCAGGUAAAAAGUCGUCAGAAAAAAUAAAUAUCCAAGAGAUGCCCGAACGAUCUACUUAAGCACAGUAAUGAAGUACUUGUACUUUGUUACUUCCCACGUGAACACCAGCUGCACUCCCGGGACGUUCAGGGAAAGCCGUUGCCGUGGAAACGCCGUCAUAACUUCACAACAGAGUCGGCUCUUCACGCACAACAACAGCUCCUCCUUGCUCCGCUUCAAGUUCCACAAUGAAUCCAGAAAAUUCUUCAGUUCUCACGAGUGACGAUGUUUCAUCACCCAAAACUGGAGGCGUCAAAACGGGGUACCAGGCCGUAGAUGGCCACAUCUCCCAGAUCCCUGGACUGUCCCCAACCAUCAUGUCUCUCAGUGAAGACAAGGCCCGGGGUCGAAGGGCCGGAGUCCUAGACAGUGAUUCUGACUACAUCAAACUCGCAAAACAAGGAGGUCACAGGGGACUUCUCUGGCAUGAGGAAGAAUCGUUCACCUCUAAACCGAGUUCAUACAAAGCCCCAAACUGGUUCUGCACUGAAUUAGGAGACGCCAACACACCAAACAGCCUAAUUAACAGCGAAGAGAAGCAAAACCCUGGAGCUUUUCAACCAUUAGAGGCUCCCUUUGGGACAGACAAUAUGUCAACCUGGGAGAGGGACAACAGCGGCGGCAAUGGAAAAGAGAAGGAUGACGUCCAGGGCCAUUGCGACGAGCCGGAGAAAAUCCAGGCAUCCAGUCCGUUUCACACCAAAUACAGGAGAACAGUAUUCGACAAGAAACCGGCCCCCGUUGACAUGUCUAAGCUGCUGAGCUUCGGUUACGCAGAUGACAACGGACCGGUGCAGUGACGCCUCGAACCGGGACGGUGCCGGGAUGGACCAAAAGGAACAGUUGGCCCUCUUUGCUCUGCUAUGUCAGACAUUUUAUUUGUUUGAAAAGGUUUUGCUUUGCUGAAUUGAAGUAUUUAUUGUUCCUGUUACUGCUUCCUUAAUGGUAAAAUAAAAAAAAUAAAAAAAAGAAAGGCACACGCUGUUAACACCUGAGUUUAGUUCAUUUCUGUGUCUUUAACUCUGUAAAUGUCAGUUUGAUGAUUCAAAUAAAUUUUUAAUGUUUCUAAA